AAUGGCUGGACUGAUCAUGCUGAUAACGGUGGCAGUAGCUGCAGGGGACUCUUAAUCCAAUCUAUUCUGUGUUUUCCUCAUUACCCUACAUCUGCCACUCCUUCCUUUGGGCGACAUAAUAACCUUGACAGAAAUGUGUUGGCAAGUUUGUAACAACUUAGUGCCUUGAUUAAAUGGACUUACUUCCUUUUAGACUUCUAUUACUCAGAGAUCAAUAACUAAAUGGCUCUACCAAGCAUGCGUAAUGCAUAUUUGGAAGGCAGCGCAUACUAAUUCGGCAUGAAGCAGUCAGCUGUUAAAGCCAGUCUUUUGUACCCAUCUGGAGUUUUACCUAAAUCCGGAGAUUUGGCCGACCCGAGCACAUUUGCCCAUCCUUCCUACAAAAUGCCCCCACCAAAGCAACAGACUGUCCUGGGUAGUCUGAAGCGCCGAGUUUAUUGAAUGAAAACGCAAAUCCUGUCACGAUGUUACCCGCACCGCAAUACCCUCUGGAGUAGCAUCUGAAUGAACGGUGAGAUCACACGUGAUUAACAAUAGUUUGGGAAUCUUACUUGAACCUAGUGCCGCUGAAAGGCUCUCCGUAGUACUCACAUGGUCAAAAUCGCAGGUAUCGUUAUUUUUAAAGUCGGAACCUUCGAGAGCGUCAGACAAGGGACAAAUCGACCCAAAUUAAAACAAGCGGUACAAUUAUCUUACAGGACUCCGGAGAAUUGUGCCGCAGACAGAGGAAAUUAAUGAAGGAGGGGAACGACUGAAAAUGUUCGUGUGUCUCUGAGCUGAUGUCACUGCAAUCUUUGAAGCAUGAAGUCACUCACUGCGCAUCAGAAAGCGAAGGAUAGAGGCUCGUAUUUGCAAUGAAGAGCCAUGAACUAUGGAAUGUAUUAUCUUUGAAAGAGAGGCUGCAUCAGGCUGUUUAAAGUGACCCCUCUCAUGACAUCUUUGCCAGAGACCCCUGCCUCCCAAGAAAAACCCAUCCUGAACAUUAUUUGGUUAUGAGAACCUGCAUUCUUACAGGGAACUGCAGGCAGGAGGUAAUAUGUUUGGGGAGCCUGUUGCCCAUCUAUGGGUUUGGGGUGCGCCGCUCCUCCUGUGGUGCGUGUCCGCUGCAGACGUCCCGUGGUCCUGCCCGCAGCGAUGCGACUGCCGUCCGGAGACGCAAGAGGUGAACUGCUCCAGGAAGUACCUGACAGCUGUGCCCGAGGGCUUUGCCGGCGACACCAAACGGCUGGACCUGUCCUCGAACCGGCUGAAGACGCUGAGUCGCAAGCAGUUUUACAGCCUGUCCAAGCUGCUGGAACUGGACCUGAGCAAUAACAUCCUCUCCAUGAUCGAGGUGGAAGCCUUCCAGGGACUGCAGAGUCUCUGCGUGCUGAAGAUCAAGAGCAACCGGCUGAAGAUCCUCCCCGUGGGGGUCUUCUCAGGGCUCUCCAACCUGCGCAGCCUGGACCUCAGUGAGAACGAGAUCCUAGUUUUCCUGGAUUACACCUUCCGUGAAAUGGCCAACCUGCAGCAGCUGAACGCUGGCGAGAACGACCUGGUGUUCAUCUCGCAGCGAGCCUUCGUGGGCCUCCAGAGCCUGCAGGAGCUGAACGUGGACCGCAGCAACCUGACGUCCAUGCCCAGCGAGGCGCUCUCGCAGCUGCAGACCCUUGUGCAUUUGCGCCUGCGCCGCCUGACCAUCAGCGCCCUGCCCAACAACGCCUUUCGCCGGCUGCACCAAAUGCGUACUCUCAAGAUCCUACACUGGCCCUCGCUGGACACCAUAGGCAGCAACAGCCUGCUAGGCCUCAACCUCACCACACUGGCUAUCAGCAACUGUAACCUGAGCGCCGUGCCCUACGCCGCCAUGAAGCACUUAGUCUAUCUGCGCUACCUGGACCUGUCCUACAACCCCAUCACCUCCAUUCAGGGCAAUCAGCUGGGGGACCUGCUGAGACUGCAGGAGCUCCACUUGGUCGGGGGGAGCCUGCUCCGUAUCGAGCCGUUCGCUUUCCGGGGGCUGCCUCACUUCGGGCUGCUCAACGUGUCGUCCAACCGGCUGGCGACGCUGGAGGAGAGUGCGUUCCACUCCGUGGGGAACCUGCAGACUCUGCGCCUGGACCGGAACCCGCUGGCCUGCGACUGCCGGCUGCUGUGGGUGGCGCGCCGGCGCCUGAGGCUGGACUUUGACGGGCGCCAGCCCACGUGCGCAAUACCGGAGCGGGCCCGGGGCCGGCGCAUUGGGGACUUCUCAGAGGGCGAACUGCCGGUGGUGUUCACCUGCAGGCAGGCCUACAUCCCGGACCGCAGGCCCCAGGAGGUGCUGGCCGAGGAGGGCACCACGGCGCUGUUUGACUGCAGGGCCGAGGGCUACCCGCUACCCAGCAUCACCUGGCUGUCCACGCAGCAGACCAUGCUCACGUCCAUGGGGAGGAUCCGCGUGCUGGCGAAUGGCUCUUUGGAGGUGCGCUACGCCCAGGUGCAGGACAGCGGCACCUACAUGUGCUUGGCGACCAACGCCGCUGGCAACGACAGCAUCUUCGUCAAGCUGCAGGUGCAGGCCUUCGCACGUAACCGCACGGCACCUUACUACCCAGAGGGCGGCUGGAGCACCACACCAUACCCGUCGUCCACGAACACCUCCACCCAGGUGACGAACCCAUACCCGUUCGACGCCAAGACUCUUGUCAUCGCCACUACCAUGGGCUUUCUGUCGUUUCUGAGCUCGGUGGCCAUCUGCUUUGUGUUCAUGUUCUUCUGGAGCCAGAGCAAAGGCCAGAUCAAACACACGGCCACCAUCGACUUCGUGCCACGGUCCUCCAUGGGAGGCGGAGGCGGGGACGGAGACACAGGGAGGUUCACUAUGAAGCUCAUCUGAGAAGAGGAAGUGAUGUCUGUGGCUGAAACUGGCCUUCAGAGAGGAUCACUUGCUAACCGGGUUAGACAGAGUGCAUUCAUCAUUAUUAUAAUAAUAAUAAUAAUAAUAAUAAUAAUAAUAAUAACAAUAUCAGUAACAAUAACAAUAACAAUAAGGGUUUGUUAUCGACUGUUUCGUCUAUCAUUCAUAGUCAUAGUGUUUCUAAAAAGUGUUGAAGGUUUGCUGUAUGCUGUAUAUUAAAUAGCAUUUAACCAUGUAAGAUGCUGUCUAUUUUUCAUUGAGGUACAAUUAACUCAUGUAUUGCAAAUUGCAGUCACCACUGCAGAGUAUAUACAUUUUGCAUGAAGUAAAGUGCCACAUUUAGCGGGAGUAUUUUGAUACAGAAGUAAGAAAAGGCAUAUAUGAACGGUUCUUUUAAAUAUGGUCUUCCAGGGAGAUUUGAUAGAGAUGCUUAUCAUACUAAUCAUAUGAAAGUUUGACUGCAAUACAUACAGGAUUUCUCUCACCAAAAAUGAGGAUAUAUGAACAUUCAUCAACUCCAGUGAUUUAUGUCCUGGAGGCUUUUGGACUGUAAGUAUUAGAAUACAUUUCAGUUAGAGUUGGGGAAAGGUGGGAAAACAUAAAAAAAAAUGUAUUAUUAUUUUACAUCUACACGGCAUAAUUAUUCAUACAUUGCAUGCAUAACACUCUGAUAAGUAACUCUUAGGUUGUCACUAGUAUAGAUAUUUUCCCUAAAGCUUUUAUGGACAAAUCAGGAAAACUUGUCAGCAACAUCAUUUUGAAUAUAUUGUUUUGCAGAUCUUCACUUUGCGUUUUUAUAAAUAGCAUAUUCAUUUAUGACAUUUCUUUUUGCAACACCUCUUUGUAAACCUCUUUAUUUUUUUGCAUUUAAAAUGAUUAAAACAAUAUGCAAUUUG